AUGGGAUCAAUCACUCUGCAAGACGUGGCCAUCGAGCACGCUAUGCAACAGCACGACACCGGCCUCGUCCUUGAUGAGGUUCAACGCUUCUGUAUGAGCACCCUCACGUUCAUGACGGUAGAGCACGAGGAGAAGGCCAUGGAUCGACGACUGGCCAACUACGAGAACGUGUGCACCAAGGCCGAGAUGGUGCUGGCCAUGUUGCGCAAGUACAACCAGAAGCUCGAUCAGGAGGAUCGCCGGAGCGAGAAGCUUAGCCUCGCCCACACCCGCAAGCCGCUCGGGCUCACGUCGAGGCGAUGA